GAUCCCCCAAGUCCAGAGGUCUUCUACAUACCAACAGGGAAGGAACCAAUGCCUCAAGUUGUUCCUGAAGGCAAAGGAACCAUUGUAUAUGAAAUCAGAUCAGCAUACAAGGGAUCCUACUUCACUGGCUCUCGGACCGGGGGAAGACGAUGUAUUGGCAAAAUGCCUGGGACAAACCCUGACCAGCAUUCUAAUAAUGAUCUGCGAUUUGAAUCACGGUUUGAAAGUGGGAAUCUGCAAAAAGCUGUCAAAGUGGGGAAGUAUGAAUAUGAGCUCACCCUACGCACAGACCUCUACACAAGCAAACAUACCCAGUGGUUCUAUUUCCAAGUACAAAACACAAAGAGGGGUGUUCCAUACCGCUUCACAAUCACCAACUUGAUGAAAAGCAACAGCUUGUACAACUCAGGCAUGAAACCUUUGAUAUACUCCCAACAAGAUGCAUUACUGAAAGGUGUAGGAUGGAUGAGGGAAGGUAGAGACAUAAAGUAUUAUAAGAGCAACAGGACACAAGAUGGUAUAACUUUAUAUUGUUUAACUUGGACCUUUGAGUUCCCCCAUGACCAAGACACCUGCUUCUUUGCCCAUUGCUAUCCAUACACAUUCUCAGACUUACAAAGGGAUCUCCAGAUACUGACCGGUGACCCAGAGCGAUCUCAGUAUUGUAAAUUGCGUUCUCUGUGCAGGAGCUUGGCUGGCAACACAGUGUACCUGCUCACCAUCACUUCUCCCUCAGAGAAUCCCACAGCCGCAGCCAGUAAGAAAGCUGUAGUGGUUACAGCCAGAGUACACCCUGGGGAGACCAAUGGGUCAUGGAUGAUGAAAGGUUUCUUGGAUUUCCUCCUGAGUGAGUCACCUGAUGCCCAGCUUCUCAGGGAUACUUUCAUAUUCAAGGUGGUGCCCAUGCUAAACCCUGAUGGGGUAAUUGUAGGAAAUUACCGCUGCUCUCUGUCUGGGAGAGACCUGAAUAGAAACUACAGAAGUAUGCUGAAGGAUUCCUUCCCAUGUAUUUGGCACACUCGAGCCAUGAUUAAAAGGCUCCUUGCUGAAAGAGAGGUUCUGCUGUAUUGUGAUUUCCAUGGACACAGUCGUAAGAGCAAUGUCUUUAUGUAUGGCUGCAACAACAAGAACCAGCCUGAAGUGAGGCUUCAUGAGAGAGUAUUUCCCCUAAUGCUAAGCAAAAAUGCACCAGAGAAGUUCUUUUUUAAGGGAUGUAAAUUUAAAGUACAAAAAAGCAAAGAAGGCACGGGGCGGAUUGUAAUGUGGAGGCAUGGGAUCAAGAACAGCUAUACUAUGGAAGCUACGUUUGGGGGAUCUACGCUAGGUAACAAAAAAGGAACACAUUUUACAACCAAAGACCUGAAGUCGCUAGGGCACCACUUUUGUGACACUUUGUUGGACUACUGCGAUCCAGACAACUCCAAGUUCAGGUUGUGCUUGUCUGAACUUCAGAGUUUAGUUCAAGAACAAAUAAGACAGAAACUGAAACAACUUGGACGGGACAUUGAUUCAGAUGUUUCAUGGAGUGAUGUUUCUUUAUCAGAUUUAGAAUCCAGUACUAGUGGAUCAAAUAGCUCAGAAUCAGAUGGACUCCCAGCACAUUUAUUAAACAUUGCAGAAAAGUUUUAUCCAAAGAAGAAGCGCUUAAGGUCACGGAAAGAGAGGAACCGUUUGCAUCAGAAAAGCAGCUUUAAGAAUAAAACAAAGCCACAUAAUCUAGUGAACAUUUCUGAAACUUCUAGCCACAAUUUAAAAUCCACAACAUCUAAAGAGUUUGAGAAAAGAGAGAAAGAAAAGAGAAAUGUGAAGAUAAAGUCAGAGGAGGGUCAUUUGUCCCAGACAGAGCCCAAUAAAGAGAUGCAGACUAGUGCAGCAAAAACAGCAGAUAAUGCAGAAAAACCUCUCCUGUCUUAUACGCGCAAACCAGACUCUGUAACUCUGAAAACACAACUGAUCAACAAGCUUCCAACUUCAUUUGUAGGAGACUUCUCUUUGGUUGAUGGUAUUUGUCAUCGUCAUGUUGCUGUAAAAUCACGUGAACCUGGAAAUGGGAAUCGCUUGCCUCUCAUUAUAACAGUUAUUCAACGAGCUAGCUUACCCCCGUAUACCAAAGAGUUGUCUGCAUUGAAGCAACACCCUCCUCCAUUCCACGCCAUGCUAGAUUUUACCAGCCACAAAAGGCGAGUUGCAGAUCACGUUCUCAAGAGAGACCGGCCAAUCAUUUCUCGUGCACUAGUACCCACAGCAGGGACAAAACCAUUUAGAUUUGCAUCUGGAGGAGAAAAACAUACAAACUCUGAGGCUACAAUAUGUUCUGUGGAGCCACAGCAGAGCUCCAGGCAUACAAUCUGCAGGACAAAUAGAAUCCAUCUGGACCCUGUCAUGUCACUGGUGACUUCAGGUGAUACAAAUUCCUCUGUAGACCGUGUUGACAGCUUCAUAAAUAAACAGAAGAUUUCUCAGUCUCUAAGAAGAGUUUAUGAUCCUGAGUCGUGUCUCAUAUCUGUUUCAGAAGACUCAACAUUUUCAAAGGAAAACUGAUUUGAAAAUAGUUGCAGGAACAGGAUGAAAUGUGAUAACAUGGAACCUACUGCGUAACAGACAACAACUUUGUACAUUGUCACUAGAACAGCUCAAAGAAACUUAUCAGCCAUAAAGACCGGACAGCAAGAAAUUCUACCAAUCUUGUAUUCCAAACACAAAAAGAUGCCAAAUUUAUAAUACAAUGCUCAAUUGCACACAGUGAUGUAUUAUCAACAGGCCUCUGCUAAAGCGACACCACAGUAGUACUUCACUAAAUUCUGAGAGAUGAAAUUAACACUAAAUCGGAUAUUGAAAAAAAAAAUUAAGGUAUUCAGAGAAUAAAAACAGAAGUUAUGUUCCCUAGCUGAGGCUGCCUGGAUUUAAAGAACAUAACACUAAAAGAUGUUCCCAUAAAAUGGUAAAACGACAUGAAACCCAACAUUUUACUUUCAUGAGUCGGAUAGAGCAGCGGUCGCCAACCAGUGGUCCGUGGACCACUGGUGGUCCACGAAAAAUGUUGGUGGUCCUUGACACCAUCAAACAGGAAUUAAUCUCCUCUUUUGGUGCCACCCCCGUAAUGCUGCAACUCCCUACAGUGCCUGGCUGGACAUCAGUGAAAAUUGACGGAGGAGUUAAAUUACAAUCUCCCUAUGCACAUUGCGUAGUACUGCGCAACUUGCGUAGCUAGAUUGUAUUUUUAACUCCUCCCCCCGACGCACUGCUCAGAGGAAGAUGCUUCCAAUCUAAAGCCAGCAGAGGUUGGUAUAGUCUUGGCUUGAAAUAGUGGAAUUAAAGUAUAUAAAAAAAGAAAAUCUUAAAAACAAAAAUUCUCUCUUAUAUUUCAUUUAUUUUCUUCCCUUUACCUGUCUGUUUGUAGAAGUUUUCCUAAUUCCUUCAGAUGGACUUACAUCACUGUUUGUCUUCCUCCAUCUUCUUUUUUUAAAAUUAAAUAAUUAUUUUUCAUUCUAAUAAUUUCCCCCUGCACAAACCCAUUCCACCUGAAUUCCAGUAAUUGCCAUCCAGCAGAUCAGCCAUAUCCCACCAGUAUUAUAGUAAUUGCCAGUAACAUCAUUCGUGGUUAGCUCACAACCAUAUUGAGAGCUUUCUGAUAUAAACUUAAUUUAUGACUCCAAUGUCAAUUUAUGACUCCAAUAAUUCCUAACUAGGGAGGUAACUUGGAAGUCUUGUGGUCCUUUUAAACAUAAUUCUUUUUUUCCCACUUUCUGCCUCUCUGUUUCCAGCUCAAAAGUUGGCACUCACCCUUCAUCUGUCAUUUGGAAGUAUUCUCUCAGUUCUGUCAUUCAGUUAGUUAAUUCCAAUUCUUAAAAAUGUGUAAAUAUAUAUAUAUAAUGUAAACUUAGCUAUGGUUAUACUAGUUAUGUACAGUAUGUGUGUACAUAACUAGUACCCCCCGCACCCCCCUAGUGACGCCACUGUAUGGCACAUGUCAGUCGCUGCAAAGAAUGACCCUAUAGGCAAUGUAGAAUACACAUAUCACCUGUGACCCAUAUACUUCAAACACUUAGUAGUUGCUACGAUAAAGCAAGCAGAUCCUAAAACAAACGUAUACUAUUAACAAGAAAAAAGCAAGUAUCAUAAAUCAUCAUAUAAUAUAAUUAGCCAUAGUCAUAGGACUGUAUAACCAAUUAUAUGUCAGGACACCAAAUCGUGUCUACCUGCACACACGAGCCAAACGAGCAAACUAAAUGCUAUUAAAUGUUAAUACAUCAUUGCUAAUACAUUACGAUAUAAACCUCUGACACUUUGUUCAGGAAACUCUAGUGACAUCUAAACUUAAGUUGUCACACACUAAGCAGUUUGAAACUUACGAAUCAGUUAGAGCUAAUUUGGAGCAUAUAAUCCCAUGGAGGAAGCCAUAUGUACGAAAUCUUAAUGCUACCAAAUCCAAAUUUAAAUGUCAAGUAUCGUGAUAAUAUCCAGAAAGCAACUGGAUAUAUCUAUAUAGUAACAUGAGAGGUACCUAAAUAUACAUACAUACAUACACACACAUUAUAGAGGUUUGCACCUUUUAAAAAAAAAUCACGUUAGUGGUCCACGGGAUUCAAAAUUGCUAGUUUAGUGGUCCCUGAGGUUCGAAAGGUUGGCGACCCCUGGGAUAGAGCAUUCAAUUUUAAACAACUUUCUAAUUUACUUCUGUUUUCAAAUGUUCUCUUUGUAUCCUUUGUUGAAAAUCAGGGAGGUAAGCUCAGGAGCGCUCACGUGUCUAGAACACUAGAUGGCAGCACUUUUGUAAGAAUGUUAUACAUUUACAAGAUCACUAGAUGGCAGCACUUUUGUAAGAAUGUUAUACAUUUACAAGAUCACUAGAUGGCAGCACUUUUGUAAGAAUGUUAUACAUUUACAAGAUCACUAGAUGGCAGCACUUUUGUAAGAAUGUUAUACAUUUACAAGAUCACUAGAUGGCAGCACUUUUGCAAGAAUGUUAUACAUUUACAAGAUCACUAGAUGGCAGCACUUUUUCCUGCCAGGUAGGAGUACUGCUCUGGAGACGCAGGGCACUGCUAAUCACAAGCAGAAAGUGCCGCUGAUCAGAGGCGUAACUGGACCUCGCUGGACCCUAGCGCAAAGAUUUAGGAGGGGCCUUCCGUUUUACAAUGCCCUUUCUGGCUGUUUGCAAUCAGCAGACACUGAACUGGCUGCCGCAUAAGAGGAGGAGCUACAUUUCUGUGAAUGUGAGUCCCUUACCCUUAGUUAGUCUGUCUCAGAGGAUAUGCACGCUAAGUCUACCAGGCUUAGACAACAGGGGGCGCACCAUGUUUACAAUAUUUAUAUAAUUACAGUACAAAAAAUUAGAUGGAACAGUCCUCCACAAUGAUGGAAAAUCAGGGCAGUCUUAUAGUAGAUCUUGUGUAUAAGUUCCCAAAAGCACUGGCAGCUCUAACUACUGAUUGCAAGGUCCAGAUGGGUCCCCUAAGACCCCUGUAGUUACGACCAUGCCGCUGAUCCAACCGACUAGUUACACAACCCAGCAAAGGGGUUAAACACAAUGCAGUGUCACUAUAUAAUUAUAAUCGCCCUUUAAGCAUUUUAUUCUUAGAACAAUAUAUCUCAAUACACAGAGUAUGUCUAUAUGAAUUUUACCUCUCAGUAUUAAGUGAAGUAUCACUUUUUUUUUUCUUCUAUAGUUUAUUACAGGGUAAAAUAUAACUUCUAUUUACACACAAGUCUGCACCUCUCUAGCUGCCUGAGCAUUGCAUGGUGCGUGAGGAUGUUUACAUAGUUACUCACAUUGCGGGUUGGUGUGAGUAUAAAUAAGCACAGUAGGCCCGGGAAUCUCCAUUGCUAUGCUUAAAGGGACAGUAAACCUUAAAAAUAAUGUUAUAUAUAUUAAAAUACUCUAUAAAUGGUACAUAUAUCCCACAAGAUUUGCCAAUACACAGGACAGCAGGCCCCACUUGUGCUACAGGGGUUGUGGGGAGGAAGGGACAUACUUACACAUGUGGUGGCAUUGUGGAAAGGUUACAGAGAUUUGGAAUCAGACUUCAAGGUAUCUAAGCCUAAUUCUAGAAACUAAUAUCACACUUACCCCUGUACAGGCUUUGCUUCAUUUUCCUCCAGAUAAUAAAGUGAAAAGACAUCACAAGCUAAUAGCCUUGAUCUGCACAGUUGUGGGAGUAAGCAUAGCUAGAUUUUGGAAAGUGGAUCCACCCUCAUUUGAAUAUAUUAAAAGGAGAAUAGAUUGAGUGAGAUCAUUGAGUCUUCAGGAGCAAGAUGAACGGGUAGAGAUGAGGGGGGGAGGAAAUAGGGAUUUGAUCAUAAUUGAGAUUGAGUCAGGCUAGAUGGAAAGCGGAAUUAACACACCAUUAUAUUUUGAAAUGUUACUGAAAGGUCGAUAAACCAAAAUUACUCUUGUCUUGUGUGGAAAACUCACAUAUUCAAUCACUUGUAGGCUGCAAUGUUAUUGUAUUUGUAUUUUUUGUUUUUAUGUUUCUAACUGUUAUUUAAGAUGCUGUAUGUAAUAACAUUCAAAAGUCAAUAAAAAAAAACUUUCAUAUAAAAAUAAUGUUAUAUAAUUCUGCACAUAGUGCAGAAUUAUAUAACAUUAUAUUAGCCAAACAUUUAUAAAACAUAAUUUCCCCUAUUAAUUUUAAAAAAAAAACCGCUGUUUCACAGACCCGCUCUCUGCUGAGCGGGUCUGUUAUAUUUACUCAGCGCAUCAGGCCAGCUGUAUAGUCACAGCCCGACCCAACCGCGCCAUAAGACUAAGUGCAGCUCGCUCCUGUGACAGUAUGUGCAGAAUUAUAUAACAUUAUUUUUAAAGUUUACUGACACUUUCAAUUAAAAAAAACUUGUACACUGAGUGUGUGUUCUUGUUUGCUGUGAUGAAGACACCGUAGCGUGUUAAAAAAUAUAUUUCUUCAAUAAACGCAUUGUUUGUAUUAAA